AUGGAGGACGGCAAAGACACUACAACGUCUCUGCUGCUGUGCAUGGGCGAGGCACUCGCGAAGUACGAGAGGGAAGUGGAUGACGCUCGAGACGAAGUCUUCCUGCUCAUGAUCAAGGAGGUGUGGCGGAUGGCUAUGCGAUCGAAGCUUACCGCGAGUAGUCUCGAGAAGUCCACCGAGUCAGCCUGGAUGUCCCUGUACAGCCCGGGAACGACAAAACUUCUUGAAUGCAACGAGUUUAACGAGAGCGUCCUUCGCACGAUGCUUCACCGCAUGCUGCUCGGAGUGCCACCGACUACUCUGGCUCGAAUCCUGCGGAAGGCUGAGAAGGCGUUGGCGGCGACGUCGAGCGGAUAUGGGCCUGCUCGCAUGGCGUGGCCGUCGCCGUCCCGACAAAUUGAGCUGACCCGACUGGUAGAUGCCCGAGAGCCGCUGCUGAAGCACACGUUUGAAUUUAUUGACGGAAAAAAUCUCCGGGUGGCGCAGUCCUCCAGAAUGCCAUGUACAACGGCUGGUUACAUGUAG